GGGGCCGCUUGAGCGUGUAAAUAAAGGGCUCGGUUGUGAUUUUAAUAGACUCAUACUGCGUGUACUAGGCUGCAUACAUAGCAUUACGCGAUGGCAGAAACAAAACACUUGUCCGCUUCCACUUAAUAUGCUCCCUGUCGCGGGGAUAAGGGAGCCACCGGACCAGUCUCAAAAUGACCACCGGCAUCAGCCCCGUCUCCUGUCGGUUCGCAGAUUAUUUCGUGGUCUGCGGACUGGACACCGAAAGCGGGCUGGAACCAGACGAACUCUCCGCUUUAUGCCAGUAUAUAGAGGCUACUAAAUUCAGAGAUGGGGCCAGAGGAAAUUUGGCAGGGGCAAGUGAAGGUGAGAAUUUUGAGCAGAGUCCGCUACGGAGAACCUUUAAAUCCAAAGUUCUUGCACAUUACCCAGACAAUGUCGAGUGGAAUCCGUUUGACCAGGAUGCAGUCGGCAUGCUCUGUAUGCCGAAAGGUUUAGCCUUCAGGACGCAGGUGGAUUCCCGGCAGCCGCACUUUCACUCGUUCAUCAUCACCAGGGAGGACGGCUCUCGGACGUACGGAUUUGCUCUCACCUUCUUCGAGGAGGUGACCAGUCAGCAAAUCUGCAACGCCAUGCAGACUCUUUACCACAUGCACAAUGCCGAGCAGUAUGACAUCUUGCAUACCCCUACGUCCCCUCGUGGACCCGACGAGCCACGUCUCCAUCACCCCCACACUCAGUCUCGGCCCAUCCUCCACGCCGCGCCGGCCAUCUCUCGUCUGCAACGUUUCAAUUCGUAUGACAUCAGUCGAGACACGCUGUACGUGUCAAAGUGCAUCUGCUUGAUAACACCCAUGGCCUUUGCCCAAGCAUGCCAAAAGGUGCUGCAGCAACUUUACCAAGCCGUCACCUCGCCCAACCCCCCACCUCUCCCGCUGGAGAGCUACGUCUUCAACAUCCUCUAUGAGGUGCCCCUGCCACCCUCCGGGAGAUCCCUAAAGUUCUCAGGCGUUUACGGUCCUGUGGUGUGCCAGAGGCCGAGCACAUCAGAACUUCCGCUCUUUGACUUUGCCAUUGGUGAAAUGUUUAACCUGCUGGGGGUGGAGAACGUUCUACAGUUAUUCACCUGUGCCCUGCUCGAGAUGCAGAUACUGCUCUACUCACAGCAUUACCAGAGGCUGAUGACAGUUGCAGAGAGCAUCACAGCCUUAAUGUUCCCCUACCAGUGGCAGCACGUGUAUGUUCCAAUUCUGCCUGCCUCUCUCCUCCACUUCCUGGACGCCCCUGUUCCAUAUCUCAUGGGCCUGCACUCAAAUGGACAGGAUGACCGCACCAAGCUAGAGUUGCCGCAGGAGGCCAACUUGUGUUUUGUGGACAUCGACAACCAUUUUAUAGAACUUCCAGAAGAGUUGCCGCAGUUUCCCAACAAGCUUGAAUUCAUACAAGAGAUCUCGGAGGUGCUUGUGUCCUUCGGCAUGACACCGGAAGGAAACAUCCACUCGACAGACACGCAAGUCAAGCACAGAGGCUUGCGAUCAGCCGACGCCGUCUCCGACAAACGCAACGGCAACCUGGCGUCGCCUCUCAACUCUUACUUGUUGAGGGAGAAUGUAACCAUCGCCAGACUACAGGCUCUGGUCAAGAGGACAGGCGUUAGUUUGGAAAAGCUUGAGGUUCGAGAGGAUGCCAGCGGCAAUAAGGACCCGCGAUUUCAUUGUGAUGAUGAGGAGCUGAAGAUGCACCAGCUCAACAUCCACGUGCGUGAGGUCUUCGCCAACCGCUUCACCCAGAUGUUUGCUGACUACGAGGUGUUUGUGAUCCAGCCGAGCCAAGACAAGGAGUCCUGGUUCACCAAUCGAGACCAGAUGCAGAAUUUUGACAAGGCCUCCUUCCUGUCCGACCAGCCCGAGCCCUACCUACCUUUUCUGUCCCGUUUCCUGGAGACACAGAUGUUUGCCUCCUUCAUCGACAGCAAGAUCCUUUGCCAUGACGAUGAGGACAAGGAGCACACGCUGAGGGUGUUUGACACCCGGGUCGAUAAGGUCCGGAUGCUGAACGUCCGCACGCCCACCCUGCGCACCUCCAUGUACCAGAAGUGUACAAACAUUGAAGAGGCGGAGAAGGCCAUUGAGAUGAGAGUGAUGAAGAUCGACCACACAGCCCUACAUCCUCACCUUCUGGACAUGAAGAUUGGCCAAGGACGUUAUGAGCAAGGCUUCUUCCCACGACUGCAGUCCGAUGUGCUCUCCUCUGGGCCCACUAGCAACAAAUGGGCCAAGAGGAGCGCCCCUGCCCAAUGGAGGAGGCGGGACCGCCAGAAGCAGCACGCAGAGCACCUUUAUUUAGAUAAUGACCAGAGAGAGAAAUAUAUCCAAGAAGCAAGGAACUUGGGCACGACCAUCAGACAGCCCAAACUGUCCAACCUGUCACCUUCUGUCAUUGCUCAGACCAACUGGAAGUUUGUUGAGGGGUUACUAAAAGAAUGCCGGAUCAAGACCAAACGUAUGCUUGUUGAGAAGAUGGGUCGAGAGGCAGUGGAGUUGGGUCAUGUAGAAGUCAGCAUCACUGGUGUGGAAGAGAACACGCUGAUUGCCAGUCUGUGUGACUUGUUGGAGAGGAUCUGGAGCCACGGGCUGCAAGUUAAACAGGGUAAAUCUGCACUGUGGUCCCACCUGCUACAUUACCAGGAAAGCAAAGAAAAGAAAAGUGCAACCCCAGCUGGUUUUGGACCUCCAGGUUUUAUUCACGACACUGAAAGAAGGAAAUCGGAUGGUGGUGGAUCUGCCUUGCCCCCACUUAAAGUGUCCCUGAUCCAGGACAUGAGACACAUUCAAAACAUAAGUGAGAUCAAGACCGACGUGGGAAAGGCCAGAGCUUGGGUCCGCCUCUCCAUGGAGAAGAAAUUGCUCUCCAGACACCUGAAGCAGCUGCUGUCUGAUCUCGAGCUUACCAAAAAACUAUACAAGCGAUAUGCUUUCCUGCGCUGCGAUGAUGAGAAAGAGCAGUUUCUCUACCAUCUGCUGUCAUUCAACGCAGUGGACUACUUCUGUUUCACCAAUGUCUUCACCACCAUCAUGAUCCCUUAUCAUGUGGUGGUGGUUCCCAGUAAGAAGCUGGGUGGCUCAAUGUUUACAGCCAAUCCUUGGGUGUGCGUAUCAGGUGAACUGGCCGAGACGGGCAUCCUGCAGGUCCCCAGGAACACUCAGGAGAUCACAUUUGAGUGCCAGAACCUGGGUAAGUUGACCACAGUGCAGAUGGGUCAUGAUAACACGGGUCUCUACGCCAAGUGGUUGGUGGAAUGCGUUCUGGUCCGCAAUGAGAUCACAGGACACACAUACAAGUUUCCGUGCGGUCGGUGGCUGGGCAAAGGCGUGGAUGACGGCAGCCUGGAGAGGAUCCUCGUCGGGGAGCUGAUGACGCCCGUCACGGAGAACGACGAAAGGAUGUGUCGUACGCCGCCAAUGCAGCAGUCGCCGGGGAUGAUGAGGAGAUUUGUGACAAUCUCACCAAAUAGCAAGCCAAAGUUAAACACAGGUCAAAUCCAGGAGGGAGUGGGAGAAGCCAUCAACGGCAUCGUGAAGCACUUUCACAAACCGGAAAAGGAGAGAGGCAGUUUGACACUUCUCCUCUGUGGGGAGUUUGGUCUUGUCUGGGCUCUGGAGCAGGUUUUCCAGCAUGGUUUUAAAUCACCUAGACUCUUUAAAAAUGUCUUCAUCUGGGACUUCUUGGAAAAAGCACAAGUGUACUUUGAAAGCGCUGAGCAACGGGAGGUGAAUCCGGAUGAGAAUUGGCAAAGCCGAGUGCGCCACUUCUGCCGCUUCAUGCGCGCCAUAAACAACACGUCAAGAAACAUUGGCAAGGACGGAAAGUUCCAGAUGCUCAUUUGUCUGGGUGCAAGGGACCAUUUGCUACACCACUGGAUCGCCCUUCUCGCAGACUGUCCAAUCAUGGCGCAAAUGUACGAAGACGCCGCGCUGAUCAAGGACCGCUCGCUGGUGAACUCUCUGAUUCGAGUUCUUCAGACUCUGCAGGAGUUCAAUAUCACCCUGGAGGCAUCGCUCAUUAAAGGUGUCGGGAUUUAAACCAAACCAGCUUCACGCUGGUUGCACCAAUUCAAUGAACCUUUUAGAUGCAGGAACAGACUCGAAACAGAUGACAUACUUUGGCUUAUGUUAAAGACACUAUUACAUUUGCCAUAUAUUGUAUUGAAGUGCAAUGAGCCUUUUGAAAUCUAUUGUUUUUUUAUCCCCAAUAAUGUGCUCAUGUUUCAAACAUGCUUUCUUUUAUGAACCAUGUUUUCCCAUAUUAUUGUCAAUGACCUUCUUGUGAUACCUUUUAUCAAACGCUUAAGAUUUUCAUUGUUGGAAUGAACUGCUGACUAUGGCUGUAUUUAAAGGGAGUUUGGGGUCAAAACUGUUAAUAUAUUUUAUCAGAGAAAAACAGUAUUUUGUCAAAUCAGUCAAGUGGCUUGCUCUAUUGUCCAGUCUUCUAAUGUCAUAACGCAGAGCAGAAAGCAAAUAUAGAGGUGUAUUUGAUAAGUAUGGAUGUGACAGAAAUGGGAGAGUUGAACUGUGGCACCUACAAAAGAAGCCAAGGGCCGCUUCCAUUGCAGCCUUUUUUUGGGAAAUGUAUGCAGACCUUUUUAUGUGAAAUAACUUUGUACCCUCAGUACAAAAAAUGGAUUCUCCUUGCAUGAAAUAAAGACUCCAUAACGGAUGGAAGAUACAAGUGCUCCCAAGGGUUCCACCUUUCUGAACAGUGGCAGCCUUUAUGUAAAUGGCUCCAUCCGACUUCUCUUCAACUGCUUUCCUGCCCAUGUCGGCAUCUUGGAGGAAAAUAACCUUGAUCCCCUGCUACUCCUUUGCAGUCAUCCCUAAAGGGAGCAAAAAUACUUUUAUUGACCACCACCUGAUUUUAUUGUCAUGGUUUCUUGCUAUGCAAUUUCCACAGCAGAAAAUGUGCCCCCCCCCCGCCCCCCCACACAAAGCCUGUCAGGGCCGCCUGAGAUCACACCGGGUCAUCUUUCAUGAACUUCUAUGUAUAGAGUAAAGAGAUUUGAUAAUUGAAGGUCUCCUUUUUUGUGCCAACAGUGACUGGAAUGAACUCUUCUCUAUAUGACUCAUACAUGAGUGUCUUGCAAGAUAUAUAUUUUUGUUUUCCAAAAAAAAAACUGUUGUACAUUUAUGAUAUAGCUGUGUAAUGUAGUGUUUACUAAGUGAGAGACCAUGUACAGUGUAAAAAUAUAUCAAGAAUAAAAGCAUCUGUAAUGUUA